AUGUACGUACAUACAUACAUACAUGCAUUGCACGCGAGUGUGGCUUCGGUCGCCAAUGCAAGGCACGCGAGCCUCGACGACGAAACAAAUCAUGUUGUUGUCAUCAUGGACCCCCCCCCGGCCUAUUUAUUGCACGGGCAUGCAAAUUUUACGUACCGUACCGUCUUCUCCUUGGCUGUCGGCAUGACCAUUAAUCACCCUUGUUGGCUUUUUAUUCUGCGUCGCGGGACGAGACCAGACAUGGUUAUGGAGGCUUCCUCGCUUAACCUGGUCGUUGGCCCAGUCCAGAUCGCAUGUGGAUGGGGGGUGGGGGAGGCUUCAUUACCUGCUGUGAGCCGGGGUAUUAUCCCGACUCUCUCUCUCUCUGGACGGACAAAAAGGACGGCCGAUUAA